CAGGCACGUGUGCCUUUCGAAGCACUAUUAUAAACAAUUCCCGAUGUUUUAAGUAUUAGAAUAAGCACCCUGGAUUUCUUUCGUCUGACCAGCUGCAGCACUUUAAGAAUUUGUGUUCUAAAUAAUCUUACAUACCAAUCUACCUUACAUACCAAUCGAUGAGUUAGGCUCUGACUAUUAAGUUUUACAGGUUUUUUAUGCCCCAGAAAUGUUUUAAACACUUAACAACCCCUACGAGUCUGAGAAAAUUAUAAAAGCUUGCAUUAUGCAUUGAAUAUUAAGUAAAAUUUAUUGCACGGAAUGUACUAUUCUUCAUGUCAUAGUUGCAUACCAAUUUUACAACAGUUUAAUCAUAUUCUCGAAGCCAUCUUAUUAUGUGGAAUGAUAUUCUAUUUCAGAAAGUUGGCAGUUAAGUCUGCUGCAUCUGCAGUUUGUCAAAGUGGAGAAGUUUGAAGUUUCUUUUAUGUCUGAACGGGCUCCUCUCUUUCUGACAUCAAUUGGUUUACUUGGAGAGUACUGCCCUACCAGAAAAAAGAGCAUAAGGUCCUCUUAUAAAGGAAGCUGCAUGCAUCUUGGAUUAUUUGAGGCCUACUGUGAAAAUAAUUUUGACUGCCAGUUUAUGCGACCUUGCCUUUUUGAUAAAAAUCAAUCUGGUGAAGGAGAAUUUCUUAUUCCAAGAAACUAUACUGCUGCAGACAUCUACCCUCUCUGAUCAGUUAAACAAGUCAUCCUUUUAACAAAAAAUGGCUUUGCAAAAUAUUGGGGCUUCCAACCGUGAUGAUGCCUUCUAUAGGUAUAAGAUGCCAAAAAUGAUCACGAAGAUCGAAGGCAGAGGCAAUGGCAUCAAAACUAAUGUGGUUAAUAUGGUUGACAUUGCCAAGGCCUUGGCUAGACCUGCUUCUUACACCACAAAAUAUUUUGGUUGUGAGCUUGGAGCCCAAUCAAAAUUUGACGAGAAGAUGGGAACUUCACUGGUAAAUGGAGCCCAUGACACUUCUAAGCUUGCUGCUCUCCUUGAAAACUUCAUUAAGAAAUAUGUUCAGUGCUAUGGUUGUGGGAAUCCUGAAACAGAGAUUGUGAUCACUAAGUCACAGAUGAUCACACUAAAAUGUGCUGCAUGUGGGUUUAUCUCAGAUGUUGACAUGAGGGACAAGCUAACGACAUUUAUCCUCAAGAACCCACCUGAGGCAAAGAAGUCAUCUAAAGACAAGAAGGCAAUGAGAAGAGCUGAGAAAGAAAGGCUCAAGGAGGGAGAGGUUGCUGAUGAGGAACUAAAGAAGGUUAAGAAAGAGGGAAAAAAGAAAGGCUCCUCUGGCAAUUCCAAGGAUGUUGCUGCCAAAGGUGCCAAGAAGAAAAGCAAUUCUGAUGAGGAUCACUCCCCAGCACGUAGCCAAGCCGAUGAAAAUGAUCGGGAGCUUGAAGAUGACGACAACGAUGAUAUCCAAUGGCAGACAGAUACUUCUUUGGAGGCUGCUAAACAACGUAUCCAGGAGCAACUAAGUGCAGUAACUGCAGAUAUGGUGAUGCUUACAACCAACGAGGAGAAGAAAAAGCCAGUGACGAAACCUUCUGACUCUGAGACAGAGGUGCACGGGAAUGGUUCCAGUGUAAUUAAUAAUGCCCACAAAAAACUUGUUGAAGAAAUAAGAGCUCAUAUCAAGAAGGGUUCCUCGGCAAGUCAGCUCAGGUCAUUCUUCUCUUCAGUUUCUGGUUCUCCUCAAGAAGUAAUGGAUGCAUUAUUUGUAGCUCUAUUUGAUGGUGUUAGAAAGGGAUUUGCGAAAGAGGUAUCAAAAAAGAAAAACUAUCUGGCUGCUGCGAUUCAAGAGGAAUGAUCACAGAUGGUUCUGUUACAUGCUAUAGAGACUUUCUGCAAAAAGGCAAGUGCUGAGGCAGUUAAGGAGGUGGCUUUGGUUCUCAAAACACUUUAUGAUAAUGAUUUAUUGGAAGAGGAGUUCAUCAUGGAGUGGUAUAAGCAGGGCCUGGCCGGUGGGAAUAAAAGCUCUCCAAUCUGGAAGAAUGUCAAGCCCUUCAUUGAGUGGCUCCAGAGUGCUGAGUCUGAAUCAGAGGAAGAGUGACACUGAAAUUUGCUUCUCGGUUCAGGUGCAUAGUCCUGUUGUCUUUCUACUAUAAUAGAGUUACAAUAAUAAAUGGAAUAAUGAUUCUAAUUUUGUGUUUGUGUUUUCUCCCAAUGCUUAUGGUGUGGGAGAGUGUUAGUUUCUAGGGUCUUGAAAUAAGGAUAGGUUCCUCCCUGGUUCACUGUGUCUUUUGUUGGGGGGCUUUGGUCCUUGGCUGAGUCAGGUUUUCUUGUCUGUGUUCGCCUGUCUUCUGUUUCUGGAAAAUGUUUAUUUUGUUGUUCAAUCGCGUUCAAACCUA